AUGAAGAUCAAAGCUCUUAGUCGGUCGGUGUCCGAGUACAACCCGCCUGGAACAGAGGUCGUCAAGCAGCCGCGUAACCUCGAUCCUGGCGCCCAUCCCUUCGAGCGUGCGAGAGAAUACACGAAAGCUCUCAAUGCGGUCAAACUCGAGCGCAUGCACGCGGCGCCCUUCGUGGCCGAGCUCGGCCAGGGCCACGUCGACGGUGUCUACACAAUGGCAAAGGACCCCAACAGUCUGCAACGGUUUGCGUCGGCGAGUGGCGACGGCGCUGUCAAGGUGUUUGACAUGACGAGCCGGGACGAGGUCUGGCAGACGAAGAGCGCACACGAGAACAUUGUCAGGAGCGUCUGCUGGACCAAGGAUCAGCGCCUGCUCAGUGCGGCGUCCGACAAGACCAUCAAGCUGUGGGAUCCCUACAACACACCGAGCGAGUCUGCGCCCAUCUCGUCGUGGCUCGGCAACAGCGGCUUCACGGACCUGUCGAUGCACCGGUCGCGCAACGUCUUUGCCGCGUCUUCGUCGUCGAGCUCGGUGGCCAUCUAUGACCUGGAACGCCACAAUGCCGCGCCAGACGUGCUGGGCUGGCCCAACUCUGUCGACACAAUCAAUGCCGUGGCAUUCAACCAGGUGGAGACGUCGGUGCUUGCGGCGUGCGGCCUCGACCGAUCGAUCGUCCUGUUCGACCUCAGGACCUCGAUGCCUCUGACGAGGACAACGCUCAACUUUGCCUGCAACACCAUCUCGUGGAACCCCAUGGAGGCCUUCAACUUUGCGGUGGGCAGCGAAGAUCACAACAUUUACAUCUUCGACAUGCGCAAGUUCGACAGGGCGCUCAAUGUGCUCAAGGACCACGUUGCCUCGGUCAUGUCCGUCGAGUUCAGUCCCACGGGCCAGGAGCUCGUCUCGGGCUCGUACGAUCGCACGAUUCGCCUCUGGAACCGCGACCAAGGCCACUCGCGCGACAUCUACCACACGAAGCGCAUGCAGCGCGUGUUCAGCACCAUGUUCACGCCCGAUUCCAAGUACGUCCUCUCGGGCUCCGACGACGGCAAUGUGCGUCUCUGGCGCACCAACGCUUCGGAGCGGUCGGGCGUCAAGUCGGCGCGCCACCGACAAGCCCUCGAGUACAACAAUGCCCUCAUCGAGCGCUUCAGCCACAUGCCCGAGGUGCGCCGCAUCAAGCGUCACAGGCACAUCCCGACGGUCGUCAAGAAGGCGGGCGAGAUCAAGGCGCAGGAGCUCAAGUCGAUCAAAAGGAGGGAAGAGAACGAGAGGCGGCACACGAAGAAGCAGUUCCAGAAGAGGCGCAGCGAGCGCGAGAAGAUGGUGCUGGCGCGGGAGAAGUAG